GUGCAAUGAACUACAUUACAAACGCAAUAAUGAUUAAAGCUUUCCUUUUCAUUCUAAUCAUAUUCUAUACCCACAGUACUUUGGCAGAUUGGAGCCAAAGCUUUGUGGAAGAGCGCAUUAUAAAUCAUGAAUCAGAUCAAAAUGAAAAUCGUUAUAAACUAAUGGUAAAAGCAGUUGGAGAUACGGUGAAAAAUUCGAAAUCGUUUUGUAUUCUUACGGGGCUUAGCCGACUGAAAGCAUUAAAAGAUCCGUACCGUCAAAAAAUUGAAAAAUGCGUGGAAGAAGCCGGUGAACCAUCAGCUGCUAUUGAUUGCAGCGAUCAAGAAGAAUCCGCUGUUAAAGAUAUAAUGGAAGAUAUUGUUUUGGAAGCCACCACUUGUGUAAAACAAUCAGAGUAAUGUUUU